CCCACACACGGCUCCGCCAGGCGCUCCGCUCGGGGCCUGCGCCUCACACCGAGCCGGGCGAGAAGCACCGGCCCGGCUGGCCCUGCCGCGGCCGCUCCGCCUCAGGAACGCACCGGAGCGUGGGGGACCACGGAGCAGAGCAUCCCGUUACCCGGGACGGGGAAGUGACGUUCCGCGCUCGCCCGGCCUGCCCCGGAAGUGUGGGCGCUGCCCGGAACCCGCGCGUUGCCACCGCAGCCAUGUAGGUCCCGUUACCGUUACCGGAGCGGCCAUGGAGGGCGCCGAGGACAGCGGCAGCGGAGCUCCCCCCCAGCCGAACCUCACCCCCCGGCACCGGCAGCUCAUCCCCACGCCCUGUGGCCCAAUAAAGCCUUGUUCAGAGCUCUCAUUUCCUGUGAAGAUCUACUUCUGUGUCACUAUCUUGUCUCUGCUGAGUGUCAUAGGGCUAACCAUAGAGACACUCGUUCGACAGACUGAGGAAGAUUUCACCAUUUCUCUUAUUCAGUUAAUUGGAGUUGUGUUCUGUGUAUACUAUGUGACUAGAGGAAUCCUGCAGGAGAAUCGCCAGGAACUCAUCGUCUUUGUGCUUUCCAUCCUGCUAGUGAUGUUUCGGUCCGUUGUCAACUUCACAGUUCUCUCUGCUGAGCAAAAGCCAAAACUCCUGGCUCGCUUCAUUCUGAUCCUUCUGGUUGGCUCCUUUGAUGUGAUCUGUGCCAUCAUCCUCAUCCAGAGUCAAAGCAUGAUGGCCUUUCGAGUAGGGGGUGCUCUAGAAAGCCUACAGUCACAAUACUUCAUGAUGAAUCUCUGCUUUUCUAUGUUGACCUUUGAUCUUCAGGCACAGCUCUGCUUGUGUGUUCUUCUGAUAAGCCUGCAUGAGAUCACCCUUCUACAUAACAUCAUCUCAGCAACAGGGGUUCUUUGGGCCUGCCUGAAGGUGUCCAUCAGCAUCAUCGCAAUUUUAAAAGAACUGAAGCCUCUAGUGUGGAUUUUUCUGACUCAGAACAUACCUGAAGUAGCUUUUCUCAUCUACCUGCUUUACACGGUGAUAAGAGAGUGGGGCAAAGGGAAUUCUUACACCCUAGAAGCUGCUUUCAUUAUCGGCUCUUUCAUUUCUGUUGCAAUAAAAUCUGUUUUGUUUUGGGCACUGAUUCAUGUCUACCGCAGCUUUGGGCAGGGGCUGAGAGAAAGAAUGUUUUCUUCCUAUGGAAGGAUCGACUCCUGAGCAUCCCCCUUGUCUCCUAUCUGCAGCUCUUACAGAGUGAAAUUGCAGGGGAAGGUCAGAUGAAGUACUUGCAUUUGGGAUGUAAGACAAUGGGUCUCUUUCACAGAGAUCGAGGAAGCUGCUCAGAAAAAUGUCUAUACAUUUCCUGGUUCAUACUGUGCUAUGGAACUUUAACAGUGCAGCUGGUAACUUAGUUUAAAAAGCAAAGUGCUCUCGGGAAAUUAACAGUAAUCCUCUCAAUUCAGUGAGUUCUGCUGACAGGACAAUGCAUCUUUCACUCCUUGUUUUCCUGCUGUUGCUUUGUAACCAGAGGAGGUUCACAACAUGCAUGUGAGUAGAGACUGAUGUUAAUAUAAAUGCUGUUUUCUGGAUAUAUACAAACACAAUGAAAAUAAUUUGCACACCAUCUUGCAGACCUGAGUCUGGAAGUGCAUCCAUCGUCCUACCAUCAUUUCUUACCUCAGAUCUGUUGCUGAGCAGGAGUCAAGCCCCAAAGCUGCUUUGGUGGCAGCUGUAUUCCCUGACUCCACAGUUGUGUGAUGGCUUAACCCCAACAGAAUGGCUGGGGCUCUUCUUCCUCAUCUGACUUCAGAAUACGUAACUUAUUUUUCUUAAACACCUGAAAACCACACAAUGUAAUCUCAUGCCUCCCUAUAGUGUAUCUAACCAACGUGCCAUUUCAUUCACCACUGUGACUGUUAAAAUAAGCCUUUAAUAUUGUAAUUUAAAAGUUUGGUAUUUUAUUCAUUUGAACCUUUAGCUACUUACUGGCUCUCUUUUUUAAUAAAGUAUAAGCACAGUUUGCACAUGGAUAA